GAAGACUUGAGGAUGGCAACGUGUGCACUUCCUUUGCUCUGCGCCCUUGGAUUCUUCGCUCUUUCUUCCGCAUGCUACAUCCAGAACUGCCCCAGGGGUGGCAAGCGCUCAGUCCCGGAUGCCACCCCCAGACAGUGUAUGGUGUGUGGUCCCGGAGACAAGGGUCAGUGUUUUGGCCCCAGUAUUUGCUGUGGAGAGGGUCUGGGCUGCUUGAUCGGCUCUCCAGCAACAGCACGCUGUUUAGAGGAGGAAUAUCUGCCCUCACCAUGUGAAGCUGGAGGGAAACCGUGUGGACCCGAUGAGGGUCGCUGUGCUGCACCAGGGGUCUGCUGUGACUCAGAAGGCUGUAUACUGGAUCCAGAAUGUGUGGAGGGGAGCGAACAUGACAACAUGGCCGAGAGAAAGAACUUCAUGGGGGCAUCACAGGGCCAACUGCUGCUGCGCAUCCUCCAUCCCGGCAGACCACGUGCCAUGUACUGAACUCACAGCAGACAUGACCGGCAAACAAAACACUGUUCACAUUAAACCUCAGAUAAACUUGGAUCUGUUAUCCACAUGAUGUUCUGUCACAGAAAGGAAUGAUGUAGCUGGACCUCACCAAAUGCUGCAAUGCGUGCUUCAGCAUAGUUCUAGUAGCUCUUUGCCCCGUGAUGUCUAUAAAGUGUAAAUAUAUAUACAUUAUAUAGCCAAUAAAAUGAUCUUGCACUGUU